CACAAAAUUGUAGGUGCGCUCGCGUUCUUCAUCUUUUGCUCGCCUCGGAAUUGUGGCACAAAUAUAACGCCAUAGGGAUCACCACCCUAUGGCCGUAAGGCAGAUGUUAUUGUCGUGACUCUUAAAGAGACAGUGCAUGCUGUGUAGAGAAACACCAGGUUACAUAAACACAUAACGUUCUGCUUCUUGUUGACGAAAGAAGUUUCAAAAUGUCAGACUUUUACGACGUGGAGCCAAUGGAAGAUGGAGAUGAGGUGUGGCUCACUCUCUCUUUGAUCUGGUUGAACUCUGAAAAACCUCAGAAACUGGAGAAAAGUAUUGAACAGGUUCUCCAGUCUUGGUUCAACAAAUGCGAUAAAAAGGCAGACUGCUCAGUGGAGAAGAUCUUCAAAGAUGGAAGAGUUCUGUUAAAGCUUAAACCAAAUCCAGGUGUGUCUCAGCUGAAGAAACUGUCUGGAGAAACUCUGAUAGUCAAGAGAAGUAAAGAUACUGUAACCAUCUCAUCCAUUUGCCUGACAACAUCACCACUGAAUGAUCCAUCAGAAGAUGCUCCAGUGAGUCUUUGUUCAUUGUCAGAAGCUCAACAAGGACAAAAUCCACCAGGAGUCCAGGGACUCCCGGCAGUCCAGUGGCAACCAGGAGCCCAGGGGCAACCAGGAGCCCAAGGUCCACUGGCAGUCCAGGGGCAACCAGGAGCCUGGUGGCAACCAGACGCCCAGGGGCACCCAGGAGCAGAGAGUAGUUCUGUUUGUACUGCAGCAGAAAGCAAGAAUCAUUGUGUCCUUCCUGUGAGUCAGUACUGGUAUUUGAACCAGCUUUACAGCAAGGAACUUGAUCAGAUAAUGAGAAGAAAUGGAGCCACAUUUUCAGAAAACUUGACGGUGUCAUUUGAAGCGGUGGAUCAAGAUGGAGACCCACAGAAAGCUCUCUCUGAGUUUGUAAACCUUGUCCAGUCAUUAGACUUAGGUAACUCAGUUGUUCCUCUCAAGUAUGUAGAUCCAGAUCAGUGGAGCGAGGCGCUCAACAUCAUCAAGAAAAAAGAAAGAAAGCUCUUGCUCUCUUUAUCCACUGAAAAAGUCACUGCAUUAGGGCCCAGUGAGAGCUGUGAGGCUGUAAGUGAAUGCUUAAAUGCAUAGCCUCAAACACACACACCCAUUUCUGACAGUGACAAUGAGAGAGCACCUUAAGACAAGGGGUGUGUUGAGACACUCAGCUCAUGAGAGAUGAUUUCCACUUUACCUUUAACAAAGCUAAAAUGACAUAAUAUGACUGGAAAAAGGACUUUUUUUAUUUAUCAGUGUGACGAACAGGCCGUUCGUCAUGUGGGACAUGCACGGCACUUCGCACACAGACGCUUUUUCUUUCAUUCACUUUGCACUUUGUAAUGCACACAGCACUUUAAAGAAGCAAAUUUGCACAUAAAGAAGGAAUUUGCACAACGAUUGUCUUUUUAAAUUAUUUAUUUAUUUAUUUAUUGGAACCUGUUUGUCUGUGGGUCUGGUUGGGCAUGGUGGCGGACCUGCAAGACAAACAUAUGACAAAUGAAAUUGGGAAUGUGCAAUACAUGUGCCUGGUUUUAAUUGGCUUUUCUUUUAGGUGUUGGCAUGCAUGCAGUGAGUGUGGAGAAGGUGUUGGGUGUGUGAGUGUGGUGAAGUGUGUGUGUGAUUUUACUCACCUUCUGCUCUUGUGUACAGGAGUGGUGUCCGGCCAAAAGAUUCCCCGGGGGACGGUGUGAUGGAAAUUUUUGAUGUAGCUGUCUUUGUAUGUGUGAUGCAUGUGAUGGUUAUCAACUUUAAGUAGACUUCCCCAGCAUACGGUCCCCUGGGAUCCUCACACAACUGUAAACGAGAAGGGGGUUUCUUUCCUGUUUGUCUUGUUACAUUUUAAACAGAUGUGUCUCCCCCUGACCGGGCGUAAUCUCCAAAACGUAUCUAUGGUCUGUAUGCUAUUCUUCUCUGAUGCAUCAGCACCCACAGGGGGCUGAAGUGGGUUGGGUUGUUGUAGUUUCUGUUCCUUUGUCACUUAAUAUGUUAAAUAUGUGUUCUUCCUGACUGAGGGCAGACUCUAAGACAUGCUAAUGUGGGAGAGAGUAUAAAUACUAGCCUGUAUCUCAGAACUGCAGAACUCACCCUGACUGAGGACAGUGGUGGCUUCUCUCCUGUUGCAAAUGGAAUAAAAGGAAUCAAU